AUGGACGAAAAGCUGGACGAAAAGCCAGGGUCCUUCGACCCUCCUCUGUAUAGCGCUUCUGAGGUGCCGGUGAGCACGCUCAUCAAACCGCAAGCCCGCAUCCCAUAUGAUUCGAAUGUUACGUUCGAGGAGUACAACUACUAUGCGCAGAAGACCAGAGAAGAGGAGGAGACUCUGGAGGCUCCCGUCAUGGAUAUACGCCGGCUGUUUAGAAAGAAGCGCGAGGGUGAAGAAGAUGAUGUGCCAACCACGCACCUGACGGAGGAAGAUUUUACCAACCCCGAGAGGAGAAUUCUAAUCACGGAUGAAGAGUGGCUCAAUGCAAGCCGCGCGGCCAGAUCCGCUGGAUGGGGUGCUUGCUUUUAUCUGAUUACGACCGACAUAUUGGGUCCGUAUGGAUCUGGUUUUGCAAUGGGGUCAUUGGGUUGGGGACCAGGCGUUGCGUUCUAUACGGUUUUUGGCUUGAUGGUCGGUUACUCUGGAUAUCUCAUCUGGCGCGUGUACUGCGGUGUCGACAGCCACCAAUUCCCGGCCAAGAACUAUGGCGAUAUUGGUUUCAGGACGCUGGGCCGGGGCGGACGCUACGUCACCAACGUCUGUCAAGGUAUUUCAUUGCUCCUGCUGGUGGGCCAGGUCACACUCCAGUUUGGCCAAAACAUCUCUCAGGUCUCGAAGUUCAAGCUGUGCUAUGCUGUCUGCCCCGCACUCUUCGCCAUUGCAGGCUUUUUCAUCACGCAGAUCCGGACUCUCAGAGCCUAUGGAUGGGUCGCAAACCUUUCCGUGUGGCUGAACAUCUUCGUCAUUUGUAUGACUAUGGGUGUCUUUGCAAACUCGGAGCCAAACUACUCUGUCGCGGAACUAGGGUCAGCGGGUGCCUUGAUCGAUCCAGCGACCAUCACCAAAGUGAACGGGAAAUACCCUCCUAUUAUGCACUACACCAACAUCCCCGCCAACGGCCUUGUUGGCUCAAUCAACGGCAUGCUGAAUGGUGUGCUAGCUUAUGCGGGUGCCCAACUGUUUGUGGAGUUUAUGGCUGAGAUGAAGCGCCCUCGCGACUUUAUUAAAGCCAUGUGGCUUGCGCAGCUCUUCAUCUACAGCGUUUAUCUCAUCUACGGUUGUGUCAUCUAUCAUUAUCAAGGACAGUAUUCCUACGCUCCAGCUUACCAAGGUGUCAGUGUCUAUUCAUGGCAAACCGUCGGAAACAUGGUUACGUUGAUCGGUGCUCUCAUCGCCGGUGGUCUCUAUGGCAACAUUGGUAUCAAAGUUGUCUACAAUAAUAUCUUUCUGGAUAUCUUCAAAGCACCACCGCUUACAACCCGGCGUGGCAAGAUCAUCUACGGGAUCAUGGUUCCGAUCUGGUGGAUCAUCGCGUUUAUCGUUGCCGCUGCUAUUCCCGAUUACUUUGGCUUUGUUAGUGUGAUGUCUGCCUCGCUGCUCCUGAACCUGUCCUACACGCUGCCUCCGUUGUUUGCGCUGGGCUUCGAUAUUCAGAAAAAUGCAAUCAAAGCAGAACAGGGGGAUGGAUUUAACCCAAUUACAGGGCAAGUCACCAGAAGUGCAACUGGUGUCAAGAGAUGGAUCCGCGGGUUUUUCGCUGGCGGUCUAUUUCAAGUCUCAAUAAACAUUUGGCACGUCAUCUACGCUUUGGCUUCAUUGUCCAUGUGCGGACUGGGGAUGUAUGGGGCUGUCACUGGUUAG